AUGGGAGCCCUUAUUGCUAAGAUGAUACUACCUACCAUCAGCAGUCUGGUGUUUCUACCUGCAGCCAGUGUUGCCGCAAAGAGAGGUUUCCACAUGGAGGCCAUGGUCUACUUCUUUACUAUGUUCUUCACCUCGAUCUAUCAUGCAUGUGAUGGACCAGGCCUGUCUGUUCUGUGCUUCAUGAAAUAUGAGAUUUUGGAGUACUUCAGCGUUUAUGGUACAUCGAUCUCUAUAUGGGUUACAUUAUUAGCUCUUGGAGAUUUCGAAGAGCCUAAGCGAUCAACGCUCACCAUGUUUGGAGUGCUUACCUCUGCUGUGAGGAUAUACCAGGACCGCUGGGGCUAUGGCAUCUACUCUGGCCCCAUCGGCACAGCUGUGUUCAUGAUCACAGUAAAAUGGUUACAAAAAAUGAAAGAAAAGAAGGGCCUGUACCCAGAAAAAAGUGUGUACACACAGCAAGUGGGACCGGGAUGCUGCUUUGGAGCCCUGGCUUUGAUGCUUCGCUUCUAUUUUGAGGAGUGGGACUAUGCUUACGUGCACAGUUUUUACCACCUGUCAAUGGCUGUGUCCUUUGUACUUCUGCUGCCCAAGAAGAACCGCUAUGCAGGGACAGGGCGCAAUGCAGCCAAACUCAACUGCUACACACUCUGCUGCUGUGUAUGA